AUGCUGAGUUCUGGUGCUUCUGAGGCUUCACUUGACUUGGGAACAUUUUGGAUGGCAUAUUCGAGUGCGCUAUCAAUGCUCAAGCUCAUAUCAGACUUCUCGGCACAAAUUUACUUUGUUCAGGACUCGAUACAUGUGAUGAAUGCAUAUAGUGGUGCAUUCCUCGUGAAGUUGGCUCACGCCGUACCCGAAACAAUUGCGAAACAGAUAAGACCUGAGAUAAUAAAAGCAAUUCGCGAAGCAACCGCGGCCUUCUCUAGCCAAGGAGCACCCAAUGGGUCUACUUGUGUUCUACAGGCCCAGUUCCUAGGCAAUAUUGCGGCAAGACUAUCCGAAACGGAUACUCCGAGACAAAAUGACCCCCUUCUUACAGAUUUGAGUAUUCUUAAUGGAAGACUCGACACCGUUGAAACCCCGAUCUGUGACGGUCGGUUUUUAAAGAACGGCACACAGGAAGCCUCGCAACAACGUGAUAUGGCAGCGGCAGAAGCACCGCUCCAAGAGCCAGAAACCUUUAUGAGUGACGAUUAUUGGGCAAAUGUGUUUGCAAGUGCCGGGUUCAAUAUUGACGACGGAACAUUCCUAGCUUAG